GUCAGGCUUAGUGACUCAUGAGGGAGUUCCCUGGUUGGAGAUGGAAGAGAAAAUGCUUUUCUCAAGCGGAAUGAAGAUCUGCGCUCUGUGGUUGUGUGAGUGGUAAGGUGGGAGCAUGGCUGCAGCACUUGCAUUCCUCAAUGGAAGGGACGCAAACUCUGUCCUUAGGCGUUUCCCUCGAGCCAAUGGCUUCCUGGAGGAGUUAAGACAAGGAAACAUUGAGAGAGAAUGUGGUGAGGAGAGCUGCAGCUUUGAAGAAGCCAAUGAAGUGUUUGAGAACAAAGAGAAAACGAUGGAGUUUUGGAAAACUCGCAAUGUCUACACUGUAAACAGUAACACUGAGGGGCGCUCAGAGCGUGCUGACACCGUCUAUAUGGUGGUCCCCCUGCUGGGCGUGGCUCUUCUCAUCAUCAUUGCCCUGUUCCUGCUAUGGAGGUGCCAGCUCCAGAAGGCCACACGUCGACGGCCAGCCUACACCCAGAACCGCUACCUAGCUAACACCCGCAGCACCCGCAGCCUGCCGCGCAUCUUGGUUCACCGGGAGACGGCUGCACACUCAGAGAGCUUGCACCAGGAGACGGGCUCACGCCCCACUGUAGUGGUGAGUGGUGGUGAGCGAGGGGGCGGGUUAUCAGCCUGUCCCCAUACAGACUCCCAUUCCAUGCAGCAGUCAAACUCUCGCACGCUGUAUGUGCAGGACUCCUCUUUGUCGAUAGCCUCACGUCUGUCUGGCGCCACACCGCCCCCAUCCUAUGAGGAGGUGACAGGACACCUGGAGAGCAGCGGUGAUGAGAUUUCAGUUCCUUUCUACAAUGACCCUCCACCCAAAUAUGAGGAGAUUGUGAAGGAGAAAUGAAAUGGCGUCAAAUGAUGCUGCUUGAUAUGUUUUUUUCCACCGCGUCAGGAAGAAGAAGGGAAAAAGUAGUUUCUGCUUCAGUUGGUGCAGCUGCCCGCUGGAUUCUUGCACCCAGAUUGCAUUUCUGUUUCACUUAUGGGCGCAACAUGAAGUCAUUCACCAUCCUCCGUCACCCAGGAGCUUUGAUCUGAGGACUCAGUACUUCAUCCUCAUCGGGAGUUUAAUUUCUUUGGUCUUCAUUUUGGCAAACAACAGACACCACACUUUGAUGCUGUUGCAGCCACAGCAUGGACUAAUUUGUACAACAAGGAGUCCACAGAGGAUUUGGGCAACACAAUGGUUAUUUGCUGUCUCUGGCCACCGUAGCAGAGAAGGAUGCCAGGUCUCCAUACAUAACAUGUGGAGGCACUGUGGGUUUGGGGCUCCAGCGCUGUGUCACUGCCACAACACUGCCACACUCUAGCACUUCUCAGCAAUUAGCACACCUGCGGGGUUUCCUUCCCAAAAGGCCGGCGCUGCGUGGUUAAUAUUUUCUUAUGUAUCAGUGUGUUCACUGCUCUGUGAAUGUGGUGCUUAUGCUGUAAUUAUAGUGCAGUGCAUAUAUUUAUACUGUAUAUAGUGGAGGUAUUGGGGCACAGAGCCAAAGGUCUUCUUUUGUUGAAUAUUUUAUAAGUCCAAAUGUGCAAGCAGAGGUGAGAGACAUGGGUUUCCCUUCAUAUGGACGUGGAUUUGGCUGGCCCUGUGAACGAUCGUCCACAUGUCCAACAGUCCACAUUUCAUCCAUUCUUUCAAUAUGACUGUGCACUGCAGUUCAUACCCAGAACUUCUGGUGGUGCUGUAGUACAACUUGUUUCUGAUUAUCAAUCAGAAAUAGGAGAAGAAGAAGAUACGAAUACUUUUUUCAGUUCAAUGUUUCUCAGAUGAACCUGCUCCCACCACAGCACAAAAAUUGUGAUGUUUUGCAUUUGUUUAAAAAAUAUUGGAUCAAGGAGCAUCUUCUUUGGUCCGGUAGCUACCAGAACAUGCCUCUUACCUGCAUCCACGUGAAGUAAAAACCAACCUAUACAGUGUGGCUGUGUCUCAAUUCAGGGGCUGCAUCCUUCAAAGACUGAUCGAAGAAAAUCUGGCCUUCCAAGACAGCUGAGGUCAAACCAACUGUUCUGUAAUGAGACGGUCGAGCCAUUUUGCGGUUGCAUCAUUAGCUUAUCCCACCCCUACCGCUUGUUGCCGAGCACCCUUAACAGCUGCACGUGACAAGCUAGCAUAGUCGGGGUUACCCAUAGUUUAGUAAUAAUUUUUCAGUACAUAUUUAUACUUUGCUUAUAAGCAUUAUUUAUUUAUAACUGUACAUAUGGAGCCAAAAGUUGCCCUUUUGUUGUUUUUUACAAACCAUUUAGUCUUGGUGGGUGAGAUGCAAUAACUCUUGGAUUGUUUGGUCCGUGAAGGACACACCUGUUGUAUCCUUCAUCCCGAUGGAAAGAACACUGCAUUUGUCGACCGCAUUUCAAGCAGCCUUAGAAAUGUGACGGCCUAGUUGCACACUGGUAUGGUAUGACCUAUCUGCAGUUAAAUGCAUCCUUGAAAGGAUACAGCCCCCAGAUUGAGACAUAGGCUGUGUCUCACCUCUGAAGCUUGCUGACAACACCUAAUUAAAUUUUUUAAUGCCAAAUUUGUGUGACACUUUUGAUGACUUAUCAGUUUGACUUUCGUAAUACUUGCACUAUGGACUGUAUCUUGAUUGUUGAGAGGGUGUCGGACCACCUCCUCACACCAGCUGUUGUUCAUUUACUGGAGGUCCAACUCCCUGAUUUAUGCCUCCGCUCCACACCUUCAUAUAUUACAGUAACUGCAAACUGCUCAAACCACCACAGCUCUUUGCCUUUGCUACUGUGUGUUUGGUGGUUUUGACCUCAUACUGACCACACAGGAAUGAUUGAAAUGAUAUUUCAUUUCCGUGUGUCAGAUUUUAGCAAAGUUGCCCAAUAUGGCCUUAUGUUGCGGACAAGCAUAAAAAAAUGUGUUGGGGCACAAAUGUGUUGAUUUUUCCAAGUUGCCCACAUCCUCAGUAAUAAUCAUCAUUGCUGUGCCACAACAAGGGAAGAUAACAAAGGCGAGUUAAUUUGUUGCCAAAGGUGUGUUGUCCUAAAGCUGGCUGUACACAACAUGAUGAUGUGAUAUCCAUGUUAUGGAUGGAUUAUAGACAAACGUGCACUGUAUUGCAGUGUAUAUGGAGUACAUGCAAUAGGAUAGUGUGGGUUUGUGAGUUGGGACCAUAUCACAGCAAUACAAACGUUCAAAAUUCAUGCAAAUUGAGCAGUGUCUUAUUUUGUGUAUUACAUCAUGCACUGCAUGGUGUUACGCAUAUGUUAUUAUCGCAGACACAUGGGCCCACAGGCAGGUAAAUGUACAUACACACUACACAUUGCACUUUAUACAGACAAUGAUACACUCAUCCGUCACCAAAUACCACAGUAGCUCCAUCAGACUUAAAUGAUUUGUGUGAGGUGGAGAUACAUGUGGAGUAGCCACAAAGAGCAAAAUAAAAUUUAUUAAAUUUAGAUAAUUUAACAAUUUUGGCGGUGCAUAUGGAGAGAGACGUGACUGUUGUGUUGGGUGAUGUGCAUAUGUCUCUCUGAGUAAAUGUAUAUUUGUGUUUGCUGUUAUCCACAUAAGCACACAAUAAUAAUGCCUCCUUCUGAAGGCAGUAUUUUUUUUUUUAAUCUUAAUUUGGUGCACCAUGUGUACACUCAUCUUGGCACGCCAGACAAAGCAGGCAUCUAUGCACAUGAAUGAAUGAACACGUGGGAACAAAUUCAUCAAAUUGUGGGAAGCAUUUCAAGCGCUCGACAUAGUCAAAUGUGGUUAUAGGAUGUGGUUGUAUGCUAUUGCUCUGCAGUUCUUCUGCAAUACACUGCUGCAUUACAUUGUUAUGUUUAUGAUUAUCAUAUCAUUGUGUAGUGUGUAGCCAGCUUAACAUUUACUGUAUGUAUUAUGUUACUUUAACAACCGUACUUAUCAAACAGUGGUCCAAUCUGUUAUCGACUCUCUAUAGGCCUUUUUUCUUAGUGCAGUUAACUUUUAUGAUGGGACCUUUGAUGUAUAAAAUUAAAACAGAUGUUUUAUACAUAUAUAUAAGCAUGUGUUUAUAUACACAUGCACAUACCUGUAUGUAAAUGUACAUUCAGGAGUACAAUCAGUAGUCGCACCUCUACACAGUAUUACAAAUCAGUAUAAGCACUACAGUGAAUUGUACUCUGCUCACCUCAUCGUUAUUACUAUAUCAGAUUGUUUCUGAAGUUUAUAUGUUAUCAGAAUCAUUGUAAACAAGCGUGCAUUGAAAAAGUAUACUUCAGCCAAGGCCCAGCAGUCUUCUGUUUGCCUGCUCUUAACUGUGCCGAAGUGCCAGUCGGGGGAACUAUUUUAUCAAAGUAUAAAUAUCGUGGAAAGCUGUGGGAACACUGUCUUCCACUUACCGUGAUAAGGGUCACUGGCGUCUAAAGCAGCGUACACUGGGUGAGAGUCGGGGUACACCCUGGACAGAUUACUACUUCAUCAGGUCUUUGUUGAUCUACCUCUGCAGCAAAUUAAAU